CAACAUCAAAGUUGCUGACAGGGAGGUGGACUACCUUGUUCGCUAAUGUGUGCUAUCUCAUAACACCGACGAAUUCAUCUAAAAGGAGGAAACUCUAAUUGUUCUACAAUGGCAAAAAACUUGGGCGAUAUACUGAAAAUCGGUGGUUAUCCCGCAGCGUAUGAUCCUGCGAGACAUGGACCGUAUGACCCUGCGCGCUACUACGGAAAACCCGACACAGCAUUCAUGGAUCUGAAACUCAGCGAGAUUCCCGCCUGGAUUUCGAGACGACAAAAGAGUCCCGGGGCGUUUAUGUCACUAUGCUCACGAGCAUUCUGGCGUUGGCAGCAUAAGUAUAUACAGCCUAAGCGAGCUGGCAUAGCUCCGCUCUUGCAAGGAACAUUUGCUUUUAUGAUUUUCUUCUAUGUGAUAAAUUACCCGAAAUUGCGUCAUCACAAAAGUUACAAGUAUCACUAGUUAUACUCAGAUACACAGCGACUCAAUCAAUAGAUCCAAUUAUAAUAAAGAGAGUUUAUGUAUAUCAAUUGAGCGUGAAAAAUUGAACUCCUAGAGAGUGUUGAAUAAACAUUCUUAAUAUGUGCAAAAAUGUA